CUGUACACAGUACAUUACCAUAUGCUGAUAAGAAAAGUAAUGGCAUUCCUUUCCUUUGACUUUUGAUGCUUAUCUUUCUUUAGCACCAUUCAAAUCUCCAAAAUGGCAUUUUCUUUUGCAAGAUGAAAAACACAAUACACAUGAUCCCAAUUCCCAACAACAUAAUUGCAAGAUAGCAGUUAGCACUUGAGCUAAGAUUGAAAUGGCAGAAACUGCAGUGUUGUUUGCUCUGGGAGAAGUGUUCCAAUUCCUAAAAGAAGAAACAAAUCUUUUGAGAGGUGUACACACAGAUUUUUCAGACAUCAAAGAUGAACUUGAGAGCAUUCAAGUCUUCCUCAAAGAUGCAGACAGAAGGGCUGCAGAUGAAGCAGACACCACCGACGGAAUAAGAACUUGGGUUAAGCAAAUGAGAGAAACAUCAUUUCGCAUUGAAGAUGUCAUUGAUGAAUACCUUCGGAUGAUGCAUAGGGACAGUCCUCCUGGAUGCGGAUCAUUAGUCUGCAAGAUGGCAAGCCUAUUCAACACUUUGAUUCCCCGUCAUCAUAUAGCAUCUGAGAUUCAAGACAUUAAAUUGUCAAUUCGUAGAAUCAAGGAAAGAAGUGAGAGGUAUAACUUUCAAAUUUUACAAGAACCUGGUUCAACAAGCAGAAACAACACUAGAGAGAUCGAAAGUGGAAGAUGGUGUGAUCCUCGACUGUCUUCCCUUUUCAUUGAAGAAACAGAAAUCGUAGGAUUUGAAGGCCCACGAGAAGAACUAUUUGGUUGGUUAUUGGAGGGUGCAGCUGAGCGCACAGUGAUUUCAGUGGUAGGAAUGGGGGGUCUUGGAAAAACCACUCUUGCCAAGCUAGUUUUUGAUAGCCAAAAGGUAACAUCACACUUUGAUUGUCGUUCUUGCAUCACAGUUUCUCAAUCAUACACUGUGAGAGGGUUAAUGAUAUUCAUGAUGGAGCAAUUUUGUCGGGACACAGAAGACCCAAUAGCACAGAUGUUACACAAAAUGGACGACAAGUCACUGAUAGUAGAAGUGAGGCAAUACCUGCAACAUAAGAGGUAUUUGAUAUUCUUUGAUGAUGUAUGGCAAGAAGAUUUUUCCGACCAGUUUGAAUUUGCCAUGCCUAAUAACAACAAUGGUAGUAGGAUCAUAAUCACAACUAGAAUGAUGCAAGUUGCAGAUUUUUUCAAGAAAUCCUUCCUAGUUCACAUUCACAACUUGCAACUUUUGCCUCCAGAAAAAGCAUGGGAACUCUUCUGCAAGAAAGUAUUUAGAUUUGAGUUUGAUGGGCAUUGUCCACCAGAGCUUGAGGCUAUUUCAAAAGAUAUUGUUCGAAAAUGCAAGCAGCUACCUCUAGCAAUUGUAGCCAUUGGUGGUCUACUCUCAACAAAAGCUAAAACCAUGAUUGAAUGGAAAAAGGUGAGUGAAAAUCUGAGCCUGGAAUUGGGACGUAAUGCCCAUUUAACGAGUCUAACAAAGAUUUUGUCGCUUAGUUAUGAUAGCCUUCCAUACUAUUUAAAACCAUGCAUUUUGUAUUUUGGUAUAUAUCCGGAGGACUAUUCUAUUAAUCACAAAAGGUUAACUCGACAAUGGAUUGCUGAAGGGUUUGCUAAAUCUGAAGAGAGAAGAACUCCAGAGCAAGUUGCAAAUGAGUACUUGUAUGAAUUGAUUAACAGAAGUCUGAUUCUGGUAUCAAAUGUUGGCUUUGAAGGGAAAGUUCAAACUUGUCAAGUCCAUGAUUUGAUGAGGGAAGUGAUCAUUAGAAAAAUGAAGGAAUUAAGUUUCUGUCAUUUUGUUCAUGAUGGUCAAAUAGUUGCAGAUGGAAUAAUAAGACGCUUAUCUAUAGCAACUAAUUCCAACAAUGCAUUGAAGAAAACAAACAACUCACAUUUUCGCGCUAUACAUUUUUAUGAAAAAGGUGGAUUGUUGGAGCCAUUUAUUGGUAAAUUAUGUUCGCAGUCAAGGAUUUUGAAGGUACUUGACAUUCAAGGGGCAACUUUCAAUCAUAUUCCUGAUAAUUUGGGGAAUCUUUUUCACUUAAGGUACAUAAACCUAAGGGGUACAAAAGUACAGGCUCUUCCUAAAUCUGUUGGUGAACUACAGCACUUAGAGACAUUGGAUUUAAGAGACACGCUUGUGCGUCAUUUACCAAGUGAAAUAAACAAGCUCACAAAGCUACGGCACCUUCUUGUUUUCCAUCGUAACUAUGAAGCAAAGUAUUCUCUUUUGGGAUUUACAACUGGUGUUUUGAUGGAAAACGGCAUCAAGAACUUGACUUCUCUACAAAAUCUUUAUUAUGUGGAGGUAGAUCAUGGGGGGGUAGAUCUUAUUCAAGAGAUGAAAAUGUUAAGACAGUUAAGGCGGUUAGGUUUAAGGCGUGUAAGAAGAGAACAUGGAAAUGCCUUAUGUGCUGCAGUAGUAGAAAUGAAACACCUUGAAAAUCUUAAUAUUACUACAAUAUCUGAGGAUGAAACCAUUAACUUGAAUUUUAUCUCGUCUCCACCCCAACUUCAGCGGCUUCAUUUGAAAGCUAAACUAGAUAUAUUGCCUGAUUGGAUUCCAAAGCUUGAGUUUCUUGUGGAGAUUAAGCUGGCUUUAUCUAAGUUGAAAGAUGACCUGCUACAAUCACUGAAAAACUUGCCAAAUCUGCAGAAAUUUGGUCUGUGGGACAAUGCCUAUGAUGGUGAAAUUUUGCACUUUCAGAACGGAGGGUUUCUAAAAUUGAGGAAACUAGAUCUCUGUCACUUGAAUAGAGUAAAUUCUGUCCUUAUAGACAAGGGAGCUUUGCCCUCUCUUGAAUAUCUUAAAAUAGACAGAAUCCCCCAACUGAAGGAGGUACCCUCAGGCAUCAGGUUCUUGUAUAACCUCAAAGUUAUUAACUUCACUGAAAUGCCAGCUAAAUUUGUUGAGUGUAUUGAUCCAGACAAAGGAAAAGACUACUGGAUUAUCAAGUGUAUACCUCUUAUAUGCAUUCGUCAUUCGGUUGGCCCCAAAUACUUUGAUUAUGAGAUUCGCACUAUUCAAUCGGCUUCCAAAGCGUCAUAAGUAAAGUGAGAAUGCUUUUGUGUCUAGCAAGCUUCAAAAUAUGAAGAAAUUUGGUUCUUCAUGAUACAGCUCAAAGAUGACAUAUUUUAUUCUACGGUAACUGAGUUCAAAGUAAACUAUUUCCUUCUCAUCAGUGGAUCCAGUCAUUAAGUAACUUUGGCUUCUUUUCUUUUUUUGUGUGUCGUUUGUGGUGUUUUAUAAUUUGGUUGUGGAAGCUAUGAUUCAAAACUUUGUAAUCAAGACCUAUAUCUGGAUUCCAUUCAGAGGUCAUUUUGACAUUUCUCUCUUACUCUCUGUGUCAUUUGUAAGAGCUUUUCUUCAACCCUUGUAAUAAUAAUUAAAACCACUUCAUAUGAAUGAAUAUUUUUAUUUUGCUAACCAAGAUUGAUGCUACUAUCCUUAUCUAGCUGUAAACUAAAUUUACAUCCCUAGUUGAAAGCUAACUGAUUUCAUCCAUCAUUUCCUCAUUAUAUAGUUGAAAAAGGUCUUAUACAGUCUAAACUGGCCUAGUUUCAGCUCUAUUUAUUAAUAACUUCAAAGUCAUACCCUUCGCUCUUCAUCGACGCAUCAGGUUUCAUCGUUGCAUAUACUCGAAAUUGCAUGAAUACUCGAAAUUUCGGCAAUAGCUAAAGAAAUCACUUGCUGCCAAAUUCUCUUCAAAGGAUCAAGGUUCAACAACUCACUUAUUAGUUGUUAAAAUUAUUCCUACUUCCACCGAACACUUCCUAACUCAGCAGCACUACAUGAGGCAAACUUAUUGGAUUAGCCACCAUGGCAGAUUCUAAACCAACGGCCAAUUCCUUCUCUUGUGAUACUAUACUAGACUCAAAAACAUGUGACAGGAGAAUAUUUUGAAGUCUGGUUGGUUCCUUCGGGUUUUGCAUUUCCAGCCAACAAACCGUUACAACACAUUUCCUGCCAUCAUAUGAAAUCUCCAACUUCAGUCGAUCAUAUGAAAUAUCUAACUUCAGUCGACAUGCAAGCACCAAAGCCUGUCAUUUUCUUCCCUUUCUUGUGUCAAGCAAGUUUGAAUAGAGUUUAGUGAUUUUAGCUUGGCUAAUUGCCUAUGUGAUCUCUUAGUCCUUCAAGUCACUGAUACAAAACCAACUUGUAAGAUCAAAACUAUUUAAACAUGGAUUUUGGCUUUGCUAAUUGCCUAUAUAAUAUGGAUGGUCUAGUAAUAAAUCUAAGAUAGAUUUUGAUGCAAUCUUAAGUUUUUGGGUCUAACUAAACUCUAUAAAACCAGAUUAUAAAACCUGCUUGCGUGGAGAAGUUCGAGGUUUUAUUGAUAUGUUUUAUAUUUAAGUCUCUCUUGCCAAUGUAGAACUUGGAUAUUUUCCAAUAAUAUUGAUUAAUUUAUCUCGACAUUUAAGAGUAACAAAAUGCUGCUAAGUCUACCAAGCUAAGUCACCAAAACGCAAUAAUCAAAUAAAAGGGAAAGGUCCUUAGCAGCAGAAGACAUAGAUCGAUAUAUGGAGUUUCCAAAUAUCUAUCAGUCACUACAUGAAAAGUGCUAGCAACACUCGCUCUAACAUUCUCUUAUGAUCUUAUCGCAUGAAAUUCAUAUAGAUCCCACCAAUUUAUGUGGAAUCCAUUCUCAAAAUGGUGGAUCUACAUUAUCCAAUAUAAGAGACAAGAUAUUAGAGUGUUGCUAAUAUUCCUUAUCAACUAUAAUAAACAUCAUGCAACUCAAUCGCGAGUCAUAACAUCUGCAGCUGAAGCAAAACGAUAAUCAAAGAUGAGACUAAACCAAUACAAUUAGCAUAAAACAUGAUUUAUGCCAAGGUUUCACAACUUGACUUCUACAAUCCCAGAUGUAAAAAACUAAUGAUAAAAAUGAAACUAGCCUCCAUGCAAU